GGCGCCGGGGACACUCGGCCGCCUCCGCUCUGUUCCCGCUCUUGUCCCUGAGAGCGUGGGCAGGGUUGUCGGGGGCUUCCGUGGGCUCGGCCUCUUCCUCCACGGGAGGAAAAGGCAAGGGGAAGCCCCCCGGCGCCGCCUCCGCCUCCGGAGAGCCACGGUGGCCCCGAGCUGAGCGCCCGCGGCCACUGAGGACGAUCCCCGGGCGGGGCGCCCGUGCGUCGUGCCUGUCGCCGUCCGUGUCCGGAGCGGCUGGCCACGCCAGCCCGUGAGGCGCCCCGGGCCGCACAGCGGACCCCACCCUGCCGGGUGUGUACGACAGCGGGCCGGGGACGCGCCGUUGAGCAGCCGUCGUCGCGGGGCCUGGCCGCGGCCUCCAGCGCUCCAGUGCUGGGGAAUGCAGUGGCCCCCGACCCCUGUCGCCUCUCCGUGUCCUGGCUGGGCCUCCUCGCUCGUCUGCGCCGCAGCCGCGACGCUCCUGAGCCGCACUGGCCAGGCACCCCUCAUGGCGGCCAAGUGGUUCAAGGAGUUCCCCCUGAACCUGAAGACCGCGUCGGAGCGGGCCAAGCCGGGGGGCGCGGGCGGUGCUGGAGGAGGAGGUGGUGGCGGCGGUGGGAGCGGCAAACUGCGCAAGAACUCGGAGGCGAGCGGCGCGGGGCCGGCCGCCGCCAAGGGCCGCAAGAACUCGGCGGCGGAGCUGGGGGGCGGCGGCAGGGCUGGCAGCGGCCCCACCAAGGACAGCCGGCUGUCCCGGGACAGUCUGCAGGGUCUCAUUCAGGCGGCCGCGGGCAAGGGCCGCAAGAACUCGCGGACCCCGGAGGAGGAGCCCCAUCGCAGUGUGGCCAAGAGCACGGGCUGCAGCACCUACAUCAACAGGCUCAUUAAGGUGGACACCCAGGAGAAGAAUGGCAAAAACAACUACUCCAGCAGCAGCAGCAGCGGCAGCAGCUCCUCCUCCGCGUCCUCUUCCCCUUGUUCCCUGGGCCCUGAGCUGGACAAGGGCAAGAUGGCCAAACAGCAGGACACGGUCAUCAUUCUGGAAGACUACGCUGACCCUUAUGAUGCCAAACGGACCAAGGGCCAACGGGAGGCAGAGAGAGUCGGGGAGAAUGAUGGCUACAUGGAGCCAUACGACGCCCAGCAGAUGAUCACAGAAAUCCGGCGCCGCGGCUCCAAGGACCCCCUGGUGAAGGCCCUUCAGCUGCUGGACGGCCCCUGCGAGCCCGCGGAGAGCAACGGCGCCAAGGCGGAGGCGGCCAAGAGACGGAGCUCCAAGGAGCUGCUGGGCAAGGCGCCGCAGCUCUACGACACGCCGUACGAGCCCGCCGACGGCAAGGCGCGGCCGCCCGACAGCCGGCUGCCGGAGAACGACGAGCGGCCGGCCGCCGAGUACGAGCAGCCCUGGGAAUGGAAGAGAGAGCAGAUCGUGCGGGCGCUGUCAGUCCAGUUUGAAGGAGCCGAGCGGCCACCUGGCAAGGAGGAACCGGCGAGGCAGCACCACCGGCAGAAGAGCUGGACCCAGAAAAUCCUGAAGCCAGCCCUGUCUGACCAUGGCGAGGGGGAGAAGGUGGACCCGGGCCUGCCCCUGGAGAGGCAGCCGUGGUACCACGGCGCCAUCUCCCGGGCCGAGGCCGAGAGCCGGCUCCAGCCCUGCAAGGAGGCCGGCUACCUGGUUCGAAACAGCGAGUCAGGGAACAGCAGGUACUCCAUUGCACUCAAGACCAGCCAGGGAUGUGUCCACAUCAUCGUGGCCCAGACCAAAGACAACAAGUACACGCUGGACCAGACCAGUGCCGUGUUUGGCAGCAUCCCGGAAGUGGUGCACUACUACUCCACCGAGAAGCUGCCCUUCAAAGGCGCCGAGCAUAUGACCUUGCUUCAUCCCGUGCACAACAAGCUGCACUAAGACUGGUCCUGGUCACGCCAACGCCCCCGCCGCUCCCCGGGGCUCAGGCCUCCCCCCACCCCGACCCCAGCCAGCUCCUCUGGGAUAGUAGCUGGUGGGAGUGGCCUGGCCCA